AUGCAGCAGCAGAAUCACUCGCUCUUUUCUAACACAAAAGACGGAAGAUAUGCGAACAUCGACGUUGCUCGAUUCGAAACGAAUCAAGGAGUGACGGAAGCUUUGGACACGGCGACAGGAGAGACGGUGAUCGUCAAGGCAAUUCUGCUUCAAAAUGCAAGCCAUUGGAAAAGCACCCAGCAAGAGGCGGCUACUCUGCGAGAGCUUGAUCACGCGAAUGUGGUCCGAUUUAUCGACUUUCUCGAUCGGCAAACACCGGACUGGGCUGAAUUCGGAGCGAUGAGUUUCAUCAUCAUGGAACACUGCGCUGGCGGAAGCCUGGUCGACUGGAUCGAGAAGAUGAAGGGAACCGGGCGAAGAACAACGAUGGACGAGGCGAGAAUCAUUGGCGCUCAGAUCAUUUCCGGUCUGAGCUACUGCCACGGCAAGAACAAGGUCCAUCUGGACCUCAAACCCGCCAAUAUAUUCAUUUUUGGCGAUAACAUAACCGUGAAGAUCGGAGACUUUGGAAGCGCCCUAACAGUGCGAUCGAUCCAACAAACUAUGACAACUACGAGUGGGGAAGGUAUCAAGUCCACGCCUCUUUACGCUGCUCCAGAAAUCAACAGCCCGGACGAAACUGCGAAGAAACAUCCUACAUUGGAUGUUUGGGGCUUUGCUCUGAUUAUUCAGGAAAUCAUAACACUGGAACAUCCAUUCGCUCGAAUUGAGGGCCAUCCUGCUCUGUUUCUUGAAAUUCUGACGAAUAUUCAAACUGGCAAAAGAACAUCGCUCUUUGAAAUGCUCGGCGAAACGGACGAAGUUGAAGAGUUCGAAACUCUCAUCGAAAAAUGCACGAGAGUUGAUCGAACAAGACGGCCGAGAAACGCGAUUGAGCUACGAAAUGAAGCUAUCUUCGUUGAUUUCUUGCAGCGGAUCGAAAAUGGCGACCGAGCGAGCAGCAUCGUUCCUCCUCCCUUUCCAAACGAAAAUGACGAGGUUGAACGACUCAAGGGAGAGAUUGUGCAAAAAGACAGGAUGAUUCAAGAAUUGCGGAGCCGACUUGACACUUUCAACGAAAUCAUGGAAUAUCGACUCAGAGAACAAGCAAAGAAAAAGGAUGAACAAAUCGCGCUGCAAAAUCGAAAAAACGAGCAACAGAACGAAGAAAACGGAAAUUUAAAGCGAGAACUGGCGAAAAUGAAGAAAUUGAAUUCGGAGCUUGAGCAGAAUUUUGAAUAUUCUAGGAAAAUCAUCGACGACCUCAAAAUGCGAAACGAAGCUGAAAUGAAAAAACGAGAAAAUGAAAUGCAAAAAGCAAAACGGGAAAUUGAACGGCUCCACUCGAUUUUGAAAGAAGAAAAGGAAAGAAAUCGACGGGAAAAUGAAAAUCAGAAAAAGGAAAUUGAGAGAUUUGGGCGAGGAUUGAAAGAACAGCGAAGAAACUAUCAGCCGAUUGCUGAAAAUGAAGAAAAAGGGUUGAACCAAAAAUGGCGAACUGGAGAAACUGAGGGAGGAGUUGGGCGCGAUUGGUGGAGCGGGCGAGUUCUUUGGGGAUGA